CGAGCACAGCAUCCGCCAGUGGCUGAACCUGUUGCUGAAGUUCGACUCGAGGAACUCGGCAAGACAGUCGCAUCGGUCCAGGAAUUCGUUGAGAUGGAGAAAGCUCGACGAAUGGAGAGGGAGCAGCGUCGUCGCGAACGCGAGGAGGCUCGUUUGGCGGAGGAGGCAGCCAGAGCGGCGGAAGCGGAGCGCGCUUUUCGCAAAGCAGAGAAGCAGCGUAAACGCGAGGAGGAGCAGUUGGCUAUGGGGAAAGUCGUCGAGGUCCAGCUUUCCGUGAGGUUGAGUGAUAUCAGGGAGGAGAUUAGAACGAAAGUUCGUAAGGCGCUAUCAAUUUCCGUAAAAACGACGCCGAUUACUAAGGGGAAAGAAAAGGUUAUCGCGAUUGAAGACAUCCCGUCAGCAUCUGGUACAUCUAGCGAAGUGGAGGCUAUCACCGAAGGCGCAGGGAAUCUGUCGAUACAGGAGAAACGUAAGUGUGGGGAGGACACACCAGUGGGGGACAGCCCACCGGUGACAACACCAGCUAAGCGAGUGAGUAAGCGAGCGAUCGUGCGGUCUGUGUGUCUCUCAGAACGCCUUCAACGUACACGAACGAAGAUCGUUGCUCGACGGUCGACGAGAGGAACAACCUCCAAAGCGCUGACCGCUAUGAAGUCACCUGCUAGAGACUCUAUGAUGGAACGUUUGAUGUUUCUCGAUAGCAAACGGAGGGAGCUAUCGAAACUGGAUUAUGACACAUUGCGGGCAUUCUGUCGGGAGGAGGGGGUUAGCUACGCCCCGAAAGUGCAAGCUAUUUUUGACCUCGCUGAUAGGCGCGAGCAAUUGCGUUUUAGCGAUCAAUUACCGGAAUUCGACACUUUCGAGAAUGUGGAAGAAGGUGUUGCACAAUCGGAUCUUGACGACACAGACAAAGGAGCGCAUGCCUGAACAUGCUUCACCACGGAUCAAUGGGUCCUUAUUACCGAUGUCAUCAUUUCAUUCAGGCACUCAGCCGA